AUGAUUCUCUCUUAUGUCCAGACUCCUUCCAUCUGGUGGCACUGCAUGCUGUGGUUGAAGCAGAGAGCAAGUGUCGAGCCACCUUUCGUGUACGAUAGUGGCCAGCCUCAGCAAUCUCCAAUUUCAGAGGCUGAUGAAGACGAUAGCGACAAAGAGACCCCCAUCACGCCUUCAGACAGCUCGGGAAUCAUAAGGAGGGGCGCUCGCGCGCAAAGCGCAGGUGAAACUCGAGGCCCGAAGGGCUUGAAGCGGGACAGGUCUGCAGCUGGUUUGAGCGACACUCUGAGAGCAAACAACGCAGACACGAACAGUAUGCUUAGAGAUUGUGAGCAGCUGAAAGAUGCUCGUCAUCAGGAGAUGAAAGCUCUGAAAGAGAGGGAGCUCAAGCUGGAGGAGGAAAAGUUGAAGGUGGUUGAGAAGGGCGCGGAGACGGCGGCCCAUACGGGCCAAGGGUUGAUAGCAGCUUUGGGGGACUUGGCCAAGGCCGUCAUCGUGUUGGCCAAUAAGUAG